AUGAUCACACGUUCAAACUCAGCCGCUAGCCAACGUGCAGCGGCCGCGUUCCAAAGAGGCCAAACAGCGGGUAGCGCCUCCGCGGCGGUGCGGCGGCGGCCGGCAUCCUUUUCUUACUGGCUAGCACGUCGGGCCUACCGAGCAGAUCUCCUAUUUCUUUCCGUAGAGCUUCUAGCCACCAGCGCCCCGUACAUAACAAAGGUCAUAUCGUUCGUGAUGUGCGCACCAGCUGGCGGUGGCGUCCCAGCGGGGCUUCCAGAUCUGCAGCCGCCGCUGAACCCCGCAGCUCGCCGUGUGGAUGCGGUCCUGUCGGGCUAUCCCUGCGGAGACAGCUACCUCGCCAAGCUGCUCUACGUACUGCGAACCGGGGCUAUACUAGAUGUCCAACUGCGUUGGCGGCUUUGCGACUACGCCAGCUGUGCCCACGUGUUGACGCAGCUGCUUGCGCUGGGAAUAGCCGUUGCAGCGCCUUCAGUUUACUUCAGGUUACGCCACUUCCUUUUCGUUGCCAUCACUGUUUCGGUGCUGCUGGGCGUUCAUGUGGCGGCUGCGUCCGCUCCGGAAAAGCUGCUCUUGGCGAUGACGGAAACCAGCAGCGUGCGGCGGCGAACUGCAGCAAUUUAUUUCGGCUGGAAGACUGGCAUCGUGCUCCAGCUGCCCUCUUCACAGCAGCUGCUGUUCGGCCCGCUUCUGGGGCUGCUCUUUCUCAGCACUACACUCGCAGUGGAUGGAAGGCUACUGGCGCCUUCGGCGGCGGGAGACGCAGCAGGUGUCGCGGAAGUGUCGCAGCUGGGGGCAGGACAGGCGGCCCUGGUCUUCUUUGGCCUUGCCGUACUGCCGUACUUGGUGGUACGAUUUUACGAGCGCAUAUGGUUGCUGCCGCAAUACAGCGUCUACUUGCGGAGCCGCGGGGUGGACAAUGGCGCCGGUGGUGGCGGAGGACGAUGCAGUGAAAGUGGAAGCGGGUCAUGCGAACGGCUUCCCGGCGGUUGUACGGCAAGCCACGGCAACAGCAAUGAAGAGAAGAACAAAGAUGUACGAUACAUGGCAGGCGCGGAGUGCGACGGUACUGCAACGCUUGAAACGUUGACUCCAGCGGAUGGGAAGGGUGGUGCGGCCGUGGGCUGGCAACCGCAAGCCAAGACGGCGACGACGACGGCGACGACGACGGCUUCCGACGGCCGACAGGACGACCCAGCGUUUAACGCCACCAACGAGGUGCCUUUGGGACUGGCGCUCCAACGGGAGCCAGCGGCGCUAUCGGCGUCAACGGCGCCGGCGGGUCUCACAGCACUGACGGGAUUAGCGGCGCCGUCGGAGGCAGGUGCAGACCCGGCGGCACCCCUCCUGACCGCUGUCCAUGGCGGCAGCGAGGGGAUCCUGUACCAGUCCGCGUACGGCAACGGCCGUACACACGUGGUCAGCAUCAAGGUACCGUUGCCGCCUGGCCGAGAUUUUGCCACCGCCGCCGCCCAGCUAAUAGCCACAGCAACCGCCGCAAUAAAUUCCGCACGAGCUGCUGGCGGCGUCAACACGGACGAGGAAGGGGAGCAGCAGGAAUGGGGAGGAGGAGGGGAAGCGGCCGGGGGCCGCCGGCCUGUGCAAGUCACGGCCAGCAGCACAACGUUCGACCGCUCAGAUGCGGCUGCGUCCCGCCAGACGAUGCGGCUGUUGUCCCUAGUGUGUGUGGAGGGCUGUGUGCAGCUGCUGAUGGUGAUGCAAGUUGUGGGGCCCCGCAACGACCGGAACGAAACUGAAGCGGAGCCAUCUAGCAGCCACGCCAUCAGGUUGCAGUCUGCCAGGCAAUCGCAGCAUGGCCAGCCGCCGGCGGACAGCUUGGAAACCUCCGGUGUUGACGUCGCACUGCGGGACGUCCUGACGGGAGUGUUCGGGGGCCACGAGGCAGGAAGACGCGAACCAGGCACGUCAGCCCGGGCAGCCCGGGCAGCAGCAGAAGGGGAUGUUCGAGAUGUCGCCGACCCUCAGGCCGCGCCGGCCCUGCUGUGGCCCCCCGUGUUGAGCCACUGGGAGCCCGGCAGGCGGCACGACGCUGACGUUCCCCCUGCUGCCAUUGGCACAACGGACGAGUACGACAUUAGUACGUAUCUACCAGGUAAUACUGAGGGAGCUUCUGCGCUAGCAGUGGUGGUCAUUCUGCUGCCAGCCCGAGCUCUUCGCGGUCGUACAUCCGUACGCUGUGUUGUAUCCGGACCCAUGGGUCGUUGCGGCCGGCGGCAGCAGGUGCUCCUGGAUGCGGAGCUGUCGGUAGAGCAGCUGGGAGCGGCAGGCUGGCGGCGGCGACGGCUGAGCGGAGGGGGAGGAGGAGGGGAAGGAAGGGCUCAUCCUGGUAGCGGUAGUGAUGGCUCUGUUGACGACGACGAUAGCGAUAGCGAGGUCGAUGACGGCCAAGGAGCGUCGGAGUACCUGGCCGUCCGGUCAACAAACUGGCCCUUUGGCGGCGGGGCGCAGCAGGGUACGACAGGCGCCGCUGCUUAUGCUACAGACACUGAGACGGCCGCAUCUGCAGGUACCCCAUCUGCUGACGUGGUGGAUGCUCCCCUAGCCAUGUUACCCCUGCUGGUGCUGCCGUCCGACGCCGCGGCGGAGGUACGACAACUGUACGGAAGCGUGUUCGACGGCGGCGCGGCUACUGUCAUGGCAUUGGAUCGGCUGCUGUUUGAAAGUCGAGCUGGUGCCCCCGACAUGGGGCGAGGCAGUACCGCCUCGACAACCAGAAUCGCCAUUACCGGCUUUGAUGAAGACAGGUUUAUCGCCGCCGCAGUUGCUGCAAAGGCACAGCACCGCAGCGGCUUGAUCGGAUUCGCUUACGAUAUUGGGUGCUUGCUGGCUGAGUUUUACAGCGCCACUGGCGCGCUGCCGGAGCCCCCAACCCUAGCUGCCGACCCACGGGUCGUAAAUUCCCUCCUGGAUUUCCUGCGUAGCUGGAGAAUGGCGGCGUGCCUACGGGAGGUCCAUCAUGCGAUGUUGGCCAUGGGGUUGCGGACUACCGAGGCGAUCACUGACCCUAACACAGUCGCCCCGUUUGAGGACGCGGCCCUGACUGGCGGCUGCGGCCGCGGCAGUGGUUGUGGCGGUGAUGACAGGGAUCCCAGCCGUGUUGCUAGGACAACCAGCGGCGGCGUGCCCUCGGCUGAUCCACUUGCAUCGUCGGAACCUACGACCUCACACUCGAAGUCGCCUCCAGGCAGCAGAAGCAGCAGUAACGCUGGCAAGAGGGCCCCCUGGCAGUGGCCGCAUGCCCUGCCCCGCUCCCGCCUACUCACGUCGUCGUGCAUGCACUGGUGGUCUCCAUCACCUUCUCCAUCACCAUCAUCUCCGUCAUCACGUCCUCCACCUCCACCUCCACCUCCACCCCUUCCCCUGCUGGUGGGUUUCUCCCCCCCGGCUCGCGAGCUGGCCUACCAGGAGUUCAAGGCGGCGCGGUGUGGUCACCUGGACAGGAUGGGGCUGCUGCUGGCAGUGUUAAUGCCGUUGCAUCUCUUAACCGCCAUCCGUACGUACCGUAGCAAGUACGGUCAAGUGCUGGGGGCCGCACACUCGACGCACACCCACAUUGAGGGUGUUGCUGCUGCGACUCAACAAUGUUGGUCUCCCCGGGGGUUCCCCCCGGGGAUCCCUUCCCCCCCAUCACCGAGCUCGGCGACUUCGGUACUGCGGCUGAGGGAUGGCCUGGAGCUGAAGUUGGUGUCCCAUGGGAUCCACCUGGUGCCCUGCCUGAUACCCCUGGUUCUGGCCCUGUUCACUUCCGUACAUGCCAGGCACCGCAAUCGGCUGCUGCUGCUGCGGGCCUUCCUGGACUACGGCGCCCUGACCCUCAUCUUCCUGCCGGGCCCCUGGGGCGACACGCUGCUACCCGUGCCGGAGUCGUGGAUGGAGGCGGGCCGUAGCUGCGGCGGCCACUGGCCCCCGGCAAUAGUCUUCGCGGCCUGCACCGCGGCUGCCCAGCUGCUGCUCUCCGUAAUUACCGACUGGCACACGCGACGGAAGUUUCAAUCCUUUCUGGAAAGAAGUCGUCGGCAGCGGCAGAUGCUGCUGCGGUCAGGUCCAGGGAAGGCGGGAGAUGAGACCGCCGCAACUGCGGCCGGCAGCGGGGGCCAAGCUUAUUGA